UAUGGUCACUCUAAACUGCAAACUGUUGGGAAAAAAGCGCCGAAAACAAAUUAUCCACACACUAUGCGAGUACGGUGGCCAGGGACAGAGUCCCUGGCGUUCCUCCUGCUGCUCCUGACACUCUUCCAGCUAACGGCUGCCUACCGCAACAAGUCCAGAGUCCUAACUAGGAAAAUCCCCCGACGCCGGGAUGCCACUUGUCCGAGACAUUUGAUCCAGGAGCUCCUGCCGCUGCCCGACACCUGUCCGCCGGCAGUGCUUCGUCUACGAGGUGUCGUCUACAUCCUAUACGACGUGAAUCUCUCCGAGGGCUUCAAUCUCCGACGGGACGUAUACAUCCGCAUGGCAGUUUUCGUGAGGCGACUACGGCAAAAAGAACGCUUCCGCAACGUGCGUCUCGUACUGCCCCCCUGGCCGCGGCUCUAUCACUGGAACUCUCAAGGGCUGCGGCAGAGCAACCUGCCAUGGAGCCACUUCUUUGAUCUAGCCAGUCUCCGCCGCUACGCUCCGGUGCUGGACUAUGAGGAGUUUCUGGCCGAGCAGCGCCUGUUUGGCAGCCCAGGCGCUCCCUUGGUGCACGUAGCACACGCAUUCCGUCUGCAGCAUUACGACCAUAUGCUGGAUCAAGGAAUAUUUAGGGACAAAUUUGAACGUGUUACGGAUGCGCCUUGCAACGAGAGAUCCCUUUCCGGAGGACCGAUUCUCCAGCAACCGGAGCUGCGGGUAGAGCGUUUUCAUUGCGUCCGCUUCCAGGGCAGUGCUGGCCUUUUGGGAAAACUGCUUCGCCAAGCUAUUGCCGAGGACACAAGCGGACCCGAUGAUGCCGACGACAUGCGUACCUAUGCUGUGCUCUCGGCCGAGACAGUGCUCCACGACCACUGGGGCGACGAGCACUUCUGGCGGGCUCGUCGCUCGAUGCGUUUUUCUUCGUCCCUCAGUAAUGUUGCCGCCGAAUUCAGGAAACAGACUCUUGCCACAAAGGACGACGCUACCGGAGUUCAGCGACCGGCAAUGUGGGAGCUGGAACGCCCAAAGCGAAAUGCCCGCGGCGGGGACUACCUUUGCGCCCAUUUGAGGCGCGGGGACUUCGUGAGAGCCCGGGAGGGGACCACACCCACCCUGAAAUCGGCCGCCCAGCAGGCAAAGCAACUGAUGCGCGGCUUCAACCUGACCACCGUGUUCGUGGCCACCGAUGCCACUCCGUAUGAGUUGAUGGAGCUAAAGGAACUGUUCUACCGAUUCCGUUUCGUCCAUUUUACGCCCGAAUCCAAUGUCCAGCGGCGGGAGUUAAAGGACGGAGGUGUGGCCGUGGUGGAUCAGCUUGUGUGUGCGUAUGCCCGGUACUUUGUAGGCACAUAUGAGAGCACAUUCACUUACCGCAUCUACGAGGAACGGGAGAUUCUUGGGUUCCCGCAGUCGAGUACCUUCAACACCUUUUGCAGGGCGCUGGGAGGCGUCUGCUCCAGAAAUUCGGUCUGGCCCAUUGUGUGGGAUGAUGGCAACGAUUUUGAAGACGAGGAGGAGGAAGAUUUGUACUGAAUACUCGCUGUGUUAUCAACUAUUGUACUAAGCAUCCCAUAGCUAUGGAGACCAUCCUCUCAAUCCUGCUAAGACCACUCGAAUCCUAGUUGUAAGCCCACGUUUAUCAGAACUGUAACAAAUAUUCCAAACAGCCUGCGAUUAUGUACCAAAAAAUAAAUAAAUAUUAUUCCAUGUUUUGUA